CACCUUUUUUCCCUUAAUCCAAGCCCAAAAGAGGAGAAGCAAACUCUCAUCGAUUCUCAAUGGAGAAUCUCAAGCUCUACACAAAACAAGCAGGUCAUCUCUAUCUCGCUGGAUUCAAAGAAGCCUGCUGUCUUCAUAGAGUCAUUCGCUUAUGCAUCAAUUCGAGGAUGUUGUCUAUCAGAACGGGGCAGUGCUUCCUCUUGAACGGAUUCAUCUUUUUGGGAAGUUUAUUGAUGUUAAAAUCUGUUGUCAUUCCUGUUCUCUUGUGGAUAUUACCUGGCCAUUGCGAACAACUUUGUGGCAGUGGAGCAGCUAUGACAUUCUAUUCAGUCUUACGUUUUAUCCUGAUUGAGCUUUUUUAUAUUUUCUGGUUCUAUCCGCUCUAUGUGUUUAGCAUUGUGCUCAGCAGUAUCUGGUAUAACGACAUUGCUAAGCAGGCUUUUGAUGCUUUGAAAAGAUUAGGACUUUCUGAUACCCAAGUACCUAUCACAAAAGAUUCAUCAGAUCAACAGAGGCCAGGUGGAUUUGAGGGGGUCAUUCUUGGAAUUGGCGAGCUGGUUUACUCAAUCCUUUUAUUGACAAUUUUCUUCAUAGAGGUCUCUUUGACAGGAUUUAUACCUUAUGUCGGCAAGACGAUCAAUUUUCUGCUCCUUUCCUGGAUGUAUGCAUACUAUUGUUUCGAGUACAAAUGGAAUCAUUCUGAGAUGGCUUUGGAUAAAAGGCUGGACUUAUUUGAAUCAAAUUGGGCAUUCUUCUUAGGAUUUGGAAGUCCAUGUGUACUCGCGAUUUUCUUUUUCUCUCCGCUUGUAAGUUAUGGAGUAAUGGCUAUACUUUUUCCCCUGUUUGUUUUGACCGCAGCAGGCACACAGAUCGAGCAAGUUAUUGAAUCUAUAUCAAGAUCAUGGGAAGGGAAAGGAAGAGGAAAGCUCCCUAUAUUCUAUGCUGCUAAUAAAACAUCGAUGCUAGUGUUGCAAUUCUUUCCUGAGGCCAAGAAAGAGAAAUGAGGGAUGGCGGCAAAUGCUCUGACUUCACUUGUGUAAAAAGAUGGUCGAUGCUUGUUUAUUCACAUGAUUAUGCAGUUGUGAUAGCUUCAUAAUGUAUAUUAACCAAUAUUUAUUCAUCA